CGCCUCACAUAGCCAGCAGCUGUGAGUGCUGUACUUUGACAGCACCACUGACUGUCUCGUUUUCUCUCUCUCUCUCUCUGCUUCUCCAAAGAAGCUUUUCACUUUUUGUAUGUCUCUUUCUCACUGCUACUCUCUCCCACUUCCAGCUACAGCCGAGAGAGUACAGUUGAUAAUGGGCCUGUGUGUGGAAUAGGAAACGCAUAUUUCUUUGACUGAUUGAAGGAAAAAAAAUAGAAGACUCCUGUGGGAUUUCAAAGAGGUUUGGACAGUCUGUUUUAGCUCUUCAAUUACAACAAUAGGUGUGAAAUAGCUACUGUUCUGCACAACAAAUCUGGGCUGCAAAAACUAUUUAUUUUAAGUCUGAAGCAUCAUUCAUCUCUGUGACACUGGUACUGCUCCAUGUUGUAACAGAAGGAGAGUAACCAUUCAGGGAAGUCUCAAGGACUUUAACAUAAUGAAUCAUCUGGUCAAUGGCUGCACUUGAACAACAAUUACAUUAAACCUGGUGGUCUCCUGGUUUUCGGCACUUUAGUGAUCAGCUCCUGACUUGCAGCAUUGUGACAACUGCAUUAGCAGCAAUGGUCAGCCUGUUCUCAAUGUCUCUCUCCUGAGCGAACAGCACUAUGCGCCUGGCAGCACGGUCUCAGGGUAGAGAGCUUUCUAUUGAGCACCGCACUUGCAUACUCCGGCUGUCUGGACGUUUCCAAAGGAGGACACUGUUUAAGGAUCAGCAGGUUCUGAUGAGUACUGGAUUUUAACCAAGGAUAAUUGAGGCGGGUUCAAAAUCCAGUUCCUGAAGAGCCUGUUACACAGAGGUGGACGGGAUCAGUGUUGGCUCUGAAGAUUGCGGAUUGGAAAGUCCAGGCAGGCCAGACUCACAGAAGCCUGUGAGCUAUUGAGAACCAGGCUGCCAAGAGAAUGCUGAUGCCAAGUUGUCGAAUGCUGCCUGUCUCCAGGUCGCUGGUGGUUCUGCUGUGUUUUUUACUGUGUACUGAUGCUGAAACACCUCCAGAGUUUAAAAGAUCUCCUGUGGAUCAGACAGGGGUCUCGGGAGGAGUUGCAUCAUUCAUUUGCCAAGCCUCAGGAGACCCCAGACCUAAGAUUGUAUGGAACAAAAAGGGGAAGAAAGUCAGCAACCAGAGAUUUGAGGUGAUAGAAUUUGAUGAUGGAUCUGGGUCUGUCCUAAGAAUACAGCCUCUCCGAACACCACGUGAUGAGGCUAUUUAUGAAUGUGUUGCCAGCAAUAAUGUUGGGGAAAUAAGUGCAACCACCAAGCUCACUGUUUUACGUGAGGACCUGAUACCAGCAGGUUUUCCCACAAUAGACAUGGGCCCACAAUUGAAGGUGGUCGAGCGAACUCGCACAGCCACCAUGUUAUGUGCAGCCAGUGGCAACCCAGAUCCAGAAAUCACCUGGUUUAAAGACUUUCUGCCCAUUGAUACCAGCAACAGCAAUGGGCGCAUCAAACAGCUACGAUCAGAAUCUAUUGGUGGUACACCAAUAAGAGGUGCCCUUCAAAUUGAGCAGAGUGAGGAAUCUGACCAAGGCAAAUAUGAGUGUGUUGCAACCAACAGUGCUGGUACACGAUAUUCUGCCCCAGCCAAUCUAUACGUUAGAGAGCUGCGAGAAGUUCGACGUGUCCCACCAAGGUUUUCCAUUCCUCCAACAAACCAUGAGAUCAUGCCAGGUGGGAGUGUUAAUAUCACUUGUGUAGCAGUGGGGUCACCGAUGCCUUAUGUGAAAUGGAUGCUGGGAGCAGAGGACUUGACUCCUGAAGAUGACAUGCCCAUAGGAAGAAAUGUGCUUGAGCUUACAGAUGUCAGGCAAUCUGCAAACUAUACGUGUGUUGCCAUGUCCACACUUGGCGUUAUUGAAGAAAUAUCACAAGUGACUGUUAAAGCUUUACCCAAACCUCCGGGACUUCCAGUUGUAACAGAAACCACAGCAACAAGCAUAACACUGACUUGGGAUUCAGGUAAUCCAGAACCAAUUACAUACUAUAUAAUCCAGCAUAAAUCCAAGAACUCUGAAGAGCCAUACAAAGAAAUCGAUGGAGUAGCUACUACACGUUAUAGUAUUGGUGGAUUGAGCCCUUUCUCAGAAUACGAGUUUCGUGUAGUUGCUGUUAACAACAUUGGGCGGGGUCCGCCUAGUGAACCAAUCAGGGCAAGGACAGCAGAACAGGCCCCUUCUAGUGCUCCUCUCAGUGUUGAAGCACGUAUGAUGAGCACUUCUACUAUUGUGGUUCAGUGGCAGGAGCCAGUUGAGCCAAAUGGACAGAUUCAAGGAUAUCGGGUUUACUACACUACUGAUCCAACACAGCAUGUCAACAGCUGGAUAAAGAAGAUUGUGCCUGACAGCCUAGUCACCACAAUCAGUGGUGUAACACCACAGAAGACCUACUCUGUAAAGGUCUUGGCAUUUACGUCUGUUGGCGAUGGUCCAUUGUCAAAUGAAGUACAGGUCAUUGCACAGGCUGGAGUUCCAGGCCAACCUCAAAAUUUUAAGGCAGAACCUGAAUCAGAAACCAGUAUAUUGCUGUCCUGGUCCACCUCACGCUCUGGCAACGUUGUGGAAUAUGAACUUUACUACAAGGAGGGGCCAUCUGGUGAAGAGCACCGUGUUAGUGUUGGGCUGGGAGCUUCUUACCGUUUGCAGGACCUGAAGCCAAACACCAUGUAUCAUUUCCGACUAGCUGCCAAAUCUGCCGAAGGCAUCGGUGCUUCUGCUUCUGAAAUAACGGCAAAGACUUUGCAGUCAAAGCCGUCAGCUGCUCCUCAAGACAUCAAGUGCUUCAGUCCAUCGUCAACUAGCAUUGUGGUAAGUUGGAUGCCUCCACCGGUAGAGAAACAGAAUGGCAUCAUCAUUAAGUACUCUAUCAAGUACAUUGCCUUGGAUGGGGAUGAAAUAAAGCCUUUCGAAGUUACUGAGAUUUCUGCGGAUACCACCCAGUAUCGUUUGGAAAAUCUGGAAAAAUGGACUGAGUAUCGCAUUACCCUUACAGCCCAUACUGGUGUUGGACCGGGCCCAGAGAGCUCUUCAGUAUUCAUUCGCACAGAUGAAGAUGUUCCCAGUGGUCCUCCUCGCAAGGUCGAGGUUGAGGCUAUCAACUCGACAUCUAUAAAUGUGUCUUGGCGUUCACCUGCCCCCAACAAGCAACAUGGACAGAUCCGUGGAUAUCAAGUUCAUUAUGUCCGAAUGGAAAAUGGAGAGCCAGUAGGACCACCUGCCUUAAAGGACAUCAUGCUAACAGAUGCACAGUGGGAAUUUGAUGAUACUGCUGAACAUCAAAUGAUUAUUUCUGGGCUGCUUCCUGAAACCACAUAUUCUGUAACAGUGACAGCUUAUACCACAAAGGGAGACGGAGCGCGCAGCAAGCCAAGACUUGUCAUCACAAAAGGGGCAGUGCCCGGAAGACCUCGACUUUUGGUGAGUCCUACUCAGAUGAACACUGCUCUUGUUCAGUGGCAUCCUCCUAUAGAGACCUUUGGACCAUUGCAAGGAUAUCGUCUCAGAUAUGGCCGCAAGGACUCAGAGCUGCUUUCCACUCUGGAAUUUUCUGAUCGGGAUGAUCAUUUCACAGCUACAGAUAUCCAUAAAGGAGCAACUUAUGUCUUCAGGUUCUCUGCCAAAAACAAAGUAGGAUUUGGUGAGGAGAUAGUAAAGGAGAUAGUCAUUCCUGAGGACGUACCAAGUGGAUUCCCACAACACAUACGUGCUGAUGGCACUACCUCAUCAUCGGUGCAGUUAAUUUGGCAGCCACCUGUUCUAGCAGAACAAAAUGGGAUCAUCAUUAAAUAUACACUCUUGUACAGGGAUAUCAAUAAUCCAAACAAUCCUAUUGAGAUCUCCAUUGUUCCACCUGAAACAUCUAUGAUGCUGAGUGGGUUAAAAGCAGAUACUACAUAUGAUAUUAAAGUUCGUGCUUGCACAAGUAAAGGGCCCGGUCCAUAUAGUCCAAGUGUCCAAUUCAGAACAUUGCCUGUGGAUCAAGCAGUGUUUGCAAAAAAUUUCCAUGUCAAAGCAGUAAUGAAGACUUCUGUGCUGCUGUCCUGGGAGAUUCCAGAAAACUAUAAUUCUGCUCUGCCUUUCAAAAUCCUGUACGAUAAUGGGCAGAGUGUUGAGAUAGAUGGCCGAGAUACCCAGAAGUUGAUCACCAACCUACAGCCAGAAACGCAAUACUCCUUUCUACUGACAAACCGUGCCAACAGCGCUGGAGGUCUUCAGCACAGGGUGACAGCCAGAACAGCACCAGAUGUACUUAGAACAAAACCAAUUUUCAUUGGAAAGACAAACUCUGAUGGAAUGAUAACUGUGGAGCUACCAGAGGUUCAAACAACGGAAAAAAUUAAGGGAUACUAUAUAGUAGUUGUGCCUUUGAAAAAAACCCGUGGAAAGUUUAUCAAGCUCUGGGAUAAUCCUGAUGAAAUGGAAAUGGAUGAGCUGAUUAAAGAAAUCACCAGGAAACGCAGAAGCAUCCGUUUGAGAAGGGAGCUUGACCUAAAGCCAUAUAUUGCAGCUCAUUUUGGUGUCCUUCCGACUGAAUUCACCCUUGGUGACCAGAAAGUUUAUGGAGGCUUUGAGAACAAGCAGCUCUUAGGAGGGCAGGAAUAUGUAUUUUUUGUUCUGGCUGUGAUGGAGCAUUCUGAACUGACAAUGUAUGCAACAAGUCCUUAUUCAGAUCCUGUUGUCUCAAUGAAUGUGGAGCCGGAACCUAUCCGAGAAGAAGAAGAAGGUCUCGUAUGGGUGAUUGGACCAGUUCUUGCCGUUAUCUUCAUAAUCUGCAUUGUCAUUGUUAUUCUCCUUUACAAAAGCAAACCUGACAGAAAAAGAGCUGAGUCUGAAUCAAGAAAGAGUAGCAUCCCCAACAGUAAAGAGAUUCCCUCCCACCAUCCAACAGACCCAGUAGAACUCAGACGCCUAAAUUUCCAGACACCAGGUUCAGGUGUAUCCGGUUACCCUGGUAACCUCCAUUCUUCAAGUAUGGCUAGUCAUCCACCGAUCCCAAUCUUGGAACUGGCAGAUCAUAUUGAAAGACUGAAGGCAAAUGACAACCUGAAGUUCUCCCAAGAAUAUGAGUCAAUCGACCCAGGACAGCAAUUUACAUGGGAGCAUUCCAACCUUGAAGUUAACAAACCAAAGAAUAGAUAUGCAAAUGUCAUUGCAUAUGAUCAUUCUCGUGUUCUCCUUUCAGCUAUAGAAGAUGGAUCCUGCAUAAUAUUAGGUAUACCAGGAAGUGAUUACAUUAAUGCAAACUACAUAGAUGGUUAUCGAAAGCAGAAUGCCUAUAUUGCAACGCAAGGCCCACUCCCUGAAACCUUUGGUGAUUUCUGGAGGAUGAUCUGGGAACAACGUAGUGCUACUGUAGUAAUGAUGACUAAACUUGAAGAGAGGUCGAGGAUAAAAUGUGAUCAGUACUGGCCCAGCAGAGGAACUGAAACCUAUGGUCUUAUCCAAGUGACUUUACUGGACACUGUUGAACUAGCAACAUAUUGUGUCCGAACAUUUGCACUUUAUAAGAAUGGUUCAAGUGAAAAGAGAGAAGUGAGGCACUUUCAGUUUACAGCAUGGCCUGACCAUGGAGUUCCGGAACAUCCAACACCAUUUUUAGCCUUCCUGAGACGAGUCAAAGCCUGUAACCCACCUGAUGCAGGACCUAUGGCUGUACACUGCAGUGCUGGAGUUGGAAGAACUGGUUGCUUUAUUGUUAUAGAUGCUAUGCUGGAGAGAAUAAAGCAUGAAAAGACUGUAGAUAUUUAUGGCCACGUGACAUUAAUGAGAGCCCAAAGGAAUUAUAUGGUUCAGACAGAGGACCAAUACAUAUUUAUCCACGAUUCACUGCUAGAAGCAGUGGCCUGUGGAAAUACCGAAGUGCCAGCUAGAAACCUGUAUGCAUAUAUUCAGAAACUAACACAGGUGGAACCAGGCGAGAAUGUUACAGGAAUGGAACUGGAAUUUAAGCGCUUAGCAAACUCUAAAGCUCACACUUCAAGAUUCAUCAGUGCCAAUCUUCCAUGUAAUAAAUUUAAGAAUCGCCUUGUUAAUAUUAUGCCAUAUGAAUCUACAAGAGUAUGUCUACAACCGAUUCGAGGGGUGGAAGGCUCAGAUUAUAUUAAUGCCAGCUUUAUAGAUGGCUACAGACAACAAAAGGCUUACAUAGCCACACAAGGCCCCUUGGCAGAAACAACAGAAGACUUUUGGAGAAUGCUUUGGGAGCACAACUCCACAAUCGUUGUUAUGCUGACAAAACUUAGAGAAAUGGGCAGAGAAAAGUGCCAUCAAUAUUGGCCAGCAGAGCGCUCAGCACGGUAUCAGUACUUUGUGGUGGAUCCCAUGGCAGAGUACAAUAUGCCACAGUAUAUAUUACGAGAGUUUAAGGUCACCGAUGCCAGGGAUGGUCAGUCUCGGACAGUACGGCAGUUCCAAUUUACUGACUGGCCAGAACAAGGAGUGCCAAAGUCUGGAGAAGGUUUUAUUGACUUUAUUGGCCAAGUACAUAAAACAAAAGAACAGUUUGGCCAGGAUGGGCCAAUUUCAGUUCACUGUAGUGCUGGUGUUGGCCGAACUGGAGUAUUUAUUACACUGAGUAUUGUGUUAGAAAGAAUGAGAUAUGAAGGUGUUGUAGAUAUCUUCCAAACUGUCAAAAUGUUGAGGACGCAACGGCCUGCAGUUGUUCAGACAGAGGAUCAAUACCAGUUCUGUUAUCGAGCUGCGCUGGAGUACCUCGGCAGCUUCGAUCACUAUGCAACAUAAAAUCCCAAGCCGUCCUGGAUUUUCUACAGCAGGCCCUUUAACAUCCAGCGUGCCCCUUCUGAGCCAUAUAGUGUGCUUGAGAAGUACUUCUUAACUCCUAGCUAAAGACAAAUUAAUGGGGAUAUUACUCAUACACAAAGAAAAAGACUAUUCCUGAUGGACCAAGAAAUAACCCUGAAAAAACUGACAAGCAGAGAGAAUCCUGACUGUUGAGGCAUCUGGUGGAGUUAGUUUACAGAUACUUUAAGGAUUCAACUUUGGCUUGAAAAUAAUAGGAAGUAAACUCUGCCGCCAAGAGCGAUAAUAUUCAGGAUUACCUGAAAAUUGGUUGAAAAUGACUUACAAAGCUGAACCAGUACUGCAGUGUGUUGCAGGAACAAUUCCUAUAAAAGGCCAGAUCCAUUCUUCUUAACAGAAAACAUGAAGUCAGGACAGAAAGGAUACUUUGCUUCACCAUUGCCCCUUCUUGCCAUAAUGCUCUUAGAAAUUAUUACAUGUGUAGGGGAUGGAAGGGAGGGCAAGUUUAAAGGAAAUCAAAUUACUGAUUUAGUUUUUCUUCAUUUUUGUCUUUUUUUAAGUACUGUAAAAUACUACUGAGCUGUGCAUCAUUUUUAACUGUGUAAACUUAUUUCCCUUUUUUAACAAGUUUGUCAUUCAAUGAAUUGACAUUACAAAAUGUUUCAUAACUGGUUUUCUUUAAUUCAAAACUGUAAACUUUUUUUAUGCUGUAGAACUGUUAUAUGUUAUAUCUUGCUAUAGAAAUGUUUAAUAAUUAAGAUUUAUGCACAUUUUUGUGCACUUCAGUAUUUACCAGCCAUAUUAUCAUCUUCUAGUUUUUUUCUUCUUAUGAAUUUUCUGUUUUCUUUUUCCUUUGUGUGUCAAGAAGACUUCUGUAACACUUUGUCAUAAAAGUGGGCCUUUUGGAAUCAACAGGGAGGCGCAAAGUAUAAAGCUGCUGCUAGCAUAUAUCUUAGUUCUUCCACAGUUAGGAUUGAAAAGAGUCAUGAGAAGGAUUGCCAAAAAUACAUUAAAUGAAAUAAAUGCCAUCUUUAAAAAGGCACCUGAUUAGUAUUGCUUUUUUUAGGCUUCCAUAAACUAAAUCUAGGUAGGGAUGAGGAUGAACUAAGUGAGUGGCGGGUGGGGGGUGUUUAGGUAGCAGAGAAUAAUACUGGAAUGCACAUCAGUGAUAACUGUCAUCCCCUUGUCUUGAACCUAGGUAUCUCAAUCCAGUAUAGUGCUUCAUGCCACUUCUGUGCAAUAACUGACUACAUUUAUAGCGGGUUUUCUGUAUGUGUGUGUGUGCUAGUUGUGUGUAAGUGUGUGAGUGGACAAGUUCUGUUUGCAUGUCAUUGAGGAGAGUAUAGUGCUCAUCUCUGCUGAAAGGAAAUACAUUUGUCAGUAAUGAACUUGUAGUCAUUCAGAUAAAUCUCUCUGAAAUAUGUUAAUAUUAAAAAAGAUCAUGUAACUGUAUUUCACAGGGGAAAGUCAAACCUGUUUCUCUACCAGAUUGGAAACAUUUUGUGUUGUGGUACAGUGUUCUUUAAAUAUGCUGGAUUUAUUUUGUUUGUUUGGUUCUGUUUGCAUUUAGAGUGCCUUAUAUCGAUGCCUAUUUUUUAAAAAAAAUGUCCUUAUUAGUUUUUAUGCAUAAUUAAAUUAGUUUAUAUCCGUUAUGAUUAAAUAGUAUAUUUUUAACAUGUAAAUGAAAAUAACUUUAAAAGAGAGUAUGAUAUUGCAUUCCUGGCUUUUGGGGGUAAGUUUAGGAUGCUUUUACUGGUAAUCAAGUCAAAGUAUAUGGUUGGUCAAAGCACUUUUAUCACCCAUAGCAUCUUUGCAGAUAGGUGGCUCUACAAUGUCUUGUAAUGUAGACCGUAUUCUAUCUCAUAUCAAAAAUGAAUGCUGAAGUCUCCUUGCAUGUUGUGUAUUUGGUGAAAUGGAACACUGUGUAGGAACUAUUAAUUGUUUAUGGCCUGGAAACACUACUGGGAGAAAGCUUAGCUAGGCAGUACCACUUAUUUUUGAUGGCAUUAAGCACAUGUUAAAGAGAGAGGGUCUGCUGAGUUUUGCAACAUAGAUCUGUGGGAGAUUAGUGCAUGUCCCAGAGGCUGCAUUGAUUGUAAGAUGUGGUGGUCAGUGCUAGAAUAGCAAUAGCGAAGGUAGCUGAAGUUAGCAAUAGAGGGGACAUUCUUAAAUUGCAGAUUGUACAUGUAUAGUAUUUAUCUUAUUUCACGCGUACUUGUAAAAGAACACCGUCCCAGUGAGCCUGUUCUGUUCAUGAGCACUAAGCAGAAUUAUUUAAAUGUAGUUUGUAGAUUAUACCUAAAAAGGGCUGGAUUAUAGCCAGAGCACCAUUUCUUUUAACUUCUUUUAUGCAUAUUAGUGUAUAUGUUUAAUCACAUUAUCAGAUAUAUUUAAAGGCCAUACAGAGCGGGAUAUUUUUAAAGUGUACUAAUUGAAAUACUUUUUGAAUUCAUUUAAUUUGCAGAGGAGUGUCAUUUAAUCUGUAUAAUUUAUUCCUUACCCAAAAAUAAUAUUUUGUUGGUUGUGGUAAAUGGUAGUGAUAGUUACUUAUAAAGACAUUACUUUUAGACAUUGAUUUAUUUUGUUAUUACCGAAGUUGAGAAAUUCCAGUAUUAAGAGUAACAAGUUGAAAUUCUUGUUAAAAAGUAUAGAUUUUUUUAUGUGAGGAAAUCAUAACUGGUUUUCAAAUAGUUAUCUUGAGAGAAUGUGGUCUGUGCAAUUUUUAGGUUAUCACUUGAAAAAUAAGAGCUAAACACAUAAUUUUGCCAACUUUCAAACUUACAAGUAGUAGACAAAAUGCCUAUUAUUUUUUUCUGGUUUAUAAUGUGACUUGGCAUUUGAAAAAAAAAAAAAAACUGAAAAUUUUUGCAUAAUUUUGAUAUAUUUCAUCCACGUACAAGUAAACCAAGUAGAAAACGGCAAGACCUUUCAGCCAGCCAUCUGUGUUCAUCAGUAAAUAUUAUUCUCUACAUGAUACCAGGCGAAUGUCUUAGCUGACAUGCAUAGCGGAACAUUCAUGCCCAUCAUGUUUUGAAAACAGCCUGAAUGUUUAAACUGAAAGUUUUAUAACAAAUUUAAACUGGACAGCUGUCCAUGCACAAUAAAAGAAUCAGUGUUAUGACCUUUAACUAGUAGAAAACCAGUUGUUGCAGUUUCAGUUUGUGCCAGCUUGACAAAAAUAAAUGUAAGGUACUCAGUUUAUCCAGAAUCUGUAGGAUGUCUAGAGUCCUGUUGUAUUUCCUAAUUCUUGUUAAUUUCUUGUGUAUUGCACAGACUUGUCUUUGCAUAUUAUAAUGGUUACCCAUCUGGAAACUCAGAAAUCAAGGAUAGUUAGGAGCCAUUAAAAUGUACCUUAAAAGGAAAGUUCAAAGAUAGGUACUGUAUUUUUAAAGGCUACCUCAGGUUUAAUUUGUAAAACAUGCAUCAGUGUAAUUCGACUGCUCACACCAUAGAGUGUAUUGUACUUUUAUUCCUAAAGACUAAAGAAAGUGCCAGAAUACUCAGUCCCAUCAUAUUUUUAUAUUGUCAAAAUAUAGGUAUAAAUAUAGAUCUAAAUACAUAUAAAUAUAUAUACACACACAUAUAUAUAUAUAUAUAUAUAAAAAUAUAGCUAUAUCUCUAAAAGAUGGAGUGAGCUGGAAGAGGAAACUUACCACUUUAAUAAUUAUGCCAGUACUGAAUGGAAAUGUGUCUUAAAAAAGGCAAUCAGCAGUUCUUAUAGUCCACUUACCAAGAGACAUGUCUUAGUAAUGUGUGUCAGAUCUGUCAGCUAUAGCAUAGCCACAGAUGAAAUGGGUGUUUCAGAAAAAGUGCGAGUUGAAAUGUUUAUAUAAAUGUGCAGUGCUGCAGUUAUGGAGGAGAUUUGCAUGGCUUAACAUUACUGUUGCAUUUUUGUUUGUCUUACCAGUAGCUUUUCCAACAUCAGUGAUGUGCAUUCCACGCGUUUCACUUCUCUAUGUAUGUACAUAUGUGUAUAUAUUUCACCAUGAUGAUGUUUUAAUAAGCCAAUCUGCAGGCAAUUCAAUAAAUUUUGCAGUGGAAAAUUUUGUUUAAUCAUUCUAAUCAGUACGGUGCUAUUAUUUAUCUAUAUGUGUAGUUAUGUAUAAUUUUGUAAUUAGUUGCUUUUCAAAAUUUAAAAAAAAUAUAAAAAAAGUAUUUGUACAAAGCCUGUUCAUUUUAGCUCUUUUUAUGAUAGGUCUGGGUAGGUAUUGCAAGAAACAGCUGAGUAGGCCCUCUGUAGGGAGAUUUGCACUUUCUAUACCUUUGUACUAUGCACUGCCCUAUUGAUUCUACACCCAGUAAUAUUAUUACUUGAACCCAUCUAUAAGGACAGCUUACAAAAAUUCACCUCUUUCAUGUAUGUAAAUAACAUAGGAUCUUAAAAAGAUGUCUGUUGCAAAAAAGUAGCCUUUUUUGGUUUUGGUUUUCCUAAUCAUAACUCCAACAGUUAUCCAAUGGCUACAGGUCCUUUCAUGCCCAUCUGUUAUAUUCAGCCUUGGGUGUGUGGGUACAAAGAUAAUACAAAUUGUGUUCUUUGCUUUCAUUAUGGAUGCAUAGAAUGAAAUUAAACAGGAGAAACAAUCAUUCACAAACUGGCUUGUUAAAAAAGGAUAAUACAAUUACCUCUAAUUAGUAGAACGAGUCAAUGUUUUACAGGAUAAAAGGCGUGCUUUUUAUUUUCUUACUUCGUUAUGUUGAUGGCGAAAGGAGUCUGUAUGUAAAAAUCAAGUUCUUUGCUGACACAAGUUCCAUUUGUUACAAAUGAAUUCUAAUAAAAUGUCAGUGUUAUGCACUA